AUGAGGGGCUUGAUAUUAGCCCUGGUUUUAACCCUGGUGGGGAGUCAGCAUCUUAAUUACCAACCUGAGUUUGGUGAAAACAAGGUUUAUACAUUUAAUUAUGAAACCACACUUCUCAGUGGACUUCCAGAGAAAGGACUUGCACGAGCUGGAAUAAGAAUAAAAAGUAAAGUGGAAAUUAGUGGUAUUGGGCCAAAACUUUGUCUUAUUAGGAUCCACUCAAUCGAAGCCGCAGAGUACAACGGUGUGUGGCCCACGAGCUCCUUCUCCCGGUCCCUCAAACUGAGCCAGGUCCUGACAGGGCAGCUCAGCCACCCCGUCAAGUUUGAGUACAGCAAUGGGCACGUUGGAAGCAUUAUGGCACCAGAUUCCAUCUCKGAGGAUGGUCUGAACAUCUACAGAGGGAUCAUGAACGUGCUGGAGCUGAGCAUGAAGAAGAUGCAGCACUCAUACAGUUUGCAGGAGGCUGGGAUUGGAGGCAUUUGUAACACAACAUAUGCAGUUCAGGAAAACAARAGAGCAAACCUAGUCUAUGUGACCAAAUCCAAGGACCUAAACAGUUGUGAAGAGAAAGUUCAGAUUGUCACAGGUUCAGCAUACACCCAUCCCUGCAAGACCUGCCAGCAGAGAAACAAGAAUUCCCAGGCAACUGCUACGUACAGUUACAAAAUUAAAUAUACACGUAGUGAAGCUGUAAUUACACAAGCUGAUGUCGAGGAAAUCCACCAGUUUGCACCCUUCAACGAGAUAACAGGAGGAAAUGCCAUCGUAGAAGCCAGGCAGAAACUUGUUUUGAUUGAUGUGCAGAAGCAGAGGGCAGAGGUCCCACCAAAGGAAUACCAGAAUCGUGGGUCCCUUCAGUACCAGUUUGGCAGUGAAUUGCUUCAGCUUCCUGUCCACUUAUUCAAGAUAAAAGAUGUGGAAAGCCAGAUAGAGGAAAGCCUGCAAGAAUUAGUGGAGUCCAGCUCUGAGCAGCUUCCCAGUGAUGCACCAGCAAAAGCCCUCAAGCUCCUGCACCUCUUCCGUGCAGCAAACGAGGAGAACUACGAGUCGGUGUGGAAGCAAUUCUCCAAUAGACCAGCGUACAGGCGCCACAUUUUGGAUAUCGUCCCUGCAGCGUCCAGUCACCGUGCGCUCAGGUUCCUGCGCCACAAGAUGGACAGGCAGGAGCUCAGCAGCUGGGAAAUGACCCAAACUGUGCUCGUGGCUCUGCACUCCAGCACUCCAACCCGGGAUCUGAUGGAGGAGGCAACGCUCAUUGUGAAGAAGCACUGCCCACGCUCCAGCUCUGUGCUUGGGAAGGUUUGCCACCUCAGCUACGCRUCCCUGUGCCACAAGCAGUGCUCCUCCUCAGACUCCUGCUCAGAAUGUCUCCAGCUUCUUCAUGGCUUUGCAGCAGAGGCACUGAGCAAGUCUAGCACAGAAGAAAUUUGCCUGGCUUUGAAAGCCCUUGGGAAYGUGGGACAUCCAGCCAGCAUCAAGCACAUCAAGAAGUUUCUGCCAGGAUAUGCAGCUGCUGCCUCGGAUUUGCCACUCAGGGUCCACUCGACUGCUGUGAUGGCCCUGAAAAACAUAGGCCUAAAAGACCCCAAAAUGGUCCAGGCUAUUACCCUUGAGAUUUUCCUGAAUCACAAAAUUCACCCUCGAAUCAGAAUGUUAGCUGCAGUGGUUUUGCUUGAAACCAAGCCAGGAGUGCCAAUAGUGAUGACAYUGGCUGAUGCUGUGCUGAAGGAGCCCAGCAUGCAAGUGGCAAGUUUCAUCUACUCUCACCUGAGGGCUCUGGGGAGAAGCACAGCCCCAGAUCUCCAAGUCAUGGCUUCUGCCUGCAGAAUGGCUAUCAGAGCAUUGAGUCCCAAAUUUGACAGAUCUGGAUAUCAGUUCAGCAAGGUUUUCCGCUUCAGUGUCUUUAAAGAGUUCCUUAUGAGUGGGCUGGCAGCUAAAUAUUUGGUAUUGAAUAAUGCAGGCAGCUUAAUUCCAACCGUGGCAAUGUCCCAGCUGCGGGCACAUUUCCUGGGAAGAGUGGCUGAUCCCUUGGAGGUGGGAAUAACAGUUGAAGGACUGCAGGAGAUGUUUGCUAGAGGUUACUCUCCUGACAGGGACUGGGAGACUGACUACAACUUCAAGCAAAUCCURAAAACGCUCUCUGACUGGAAGGCCUUCUCCAGUGACAAACCUUUUGCAUCAGGCUACUUGAAGAUGUUUGGCCAAGAGCUGUUUUUUGGUGGACUUGAUAAAAACGCCAUCCAAACUGCACUGCAGGCAUGGUAUGGAUCUGAUGAAAAAAUCCCUUCACUGAAGAGAAUMAUCAGUAGCCUUCAGGGCGGUGUAGGGAGGCAGUGGACCAAGGCGCUCCUGUCCUCGGAGAUCCGUCGCAUUGUGCCCACCUGCACGGGGUUCCCAACAGAGACCAGCUUCUAUUACUCUUCUGUCACAAAACUGGCAGGAAAYGUUCAAGCGCAGGUUACACCUUCUCCAAAGUCUGAUUUCAGAUUGUCUGAUUUACUAAAUGCCAACAUUAGGCUGAGAUCCAAAAUGAGUGUAAGCAUGGCCAAGGAGAUGACCUUUGUAAUGGGAAUCAACACGCACACCGUCCAGGCAGGGCUGGAAGCACGCACCAAAAUGAAUGCUCACAUACCUGCAAAUGUUGUUGCCACUAUCCAGAUGAGAGAAAAAAAUAUCAAAAUUGAAAUUCCACCAUGUAAAGAUGAGACUAACAUAAUUAGCAUGAGGUCUAAGACAUUUGCUGUUACACGAAAUAUUGGGGAUUUGGCUGCUAGUAAGAUGACUCCAGUUCUCUCACCUGAAGCAGUGCCCAACAUAAUGAAAAUGUCCUUCGAUUCAGAUUCUGCAUCAGGCGAGACUGAUAACAUCAGGGUAAAUGAGGAUAGACAGUCAGCAGAGGAUGUUUCAUCAGGAAACCCCUUUUCUUCUGGACACUCUUCUUCCCAAAAAGAGCCAUUUGUUAAGUCCRUGUGCUACAAUGCAAGUACCUUUGGAGUUGAAGUGUGCAUUGAGAAGAAAAGUGUACACGCAGCAUUUAUCAAAAAUGUGCCUCUUUAUUACCUCGUUGGAGAGCAUGCCCUGAGAAUGAGCUUGAAGCCAGUUUACACAGAGGUACCUAUUGAAAAAAUACAAGUCACAAUUCAAGGAGGAGACCAAGCUCCUACAAAAAUGGUACGUCUAGUAACAUUUGAGGAUCCAGAGMCACAAGCAUCUUCUAGAAAAGAAGCAAUUAAAAAAGUGAAGAAAAUCCUUGGUGACACUGGUGAUCAGGGGACAGGAAAACACGGGAGCUCAUCGUCCAGCAGCGCCAGUGMAAGCACCGAGAGCACAACGAGCAGCCCCUCCAGCAGCGACUCUGAUGACAGAGCACCACAGGGAGGCACCCRGAUAAAUCUGAAAACAGGGCAGUCCAAGGCCAAAGGAAAGAAGUUCUACCCCUUUGGGGACAGCAGCAGUAGCAGCAGUAGUGAUAGCAGUAGCAGCAGCAAAAGCAGUAGUAGUAGCAGCAGCAAAAGCAGUAGUAGUAGCAGUAGUAGCGACAGUAGUAGCAGUAGUGGUAGUAGUAGCAGCAAGAGCAGCAGUAGUAGCAGUAAAAGCAGUAGUAGUAGUAAGAGCAGCAGCAGUAGUAGUAAGAGCAGUAGUAGCAGCAGCAAGAGCAGCAGUAAGAGUAGCAGUAGCAGCAAGGACAGCAGCAGCAGCAGUAGUAAGAGUAGUAGUAGCAAGGACAGCAACAGUAAGAGUAGCAGCAGCAGCAGCAGUGAAGCAUCUGGUAUAAAUUAUAAGGCCAAGAAGCAGUCCAAGAUCACCUCACUUCCACUUGCCAGUGCUGCUGAAGGGGAGAGAGGUCCCCGCGAGCAGAAGCCUAAAACACAGAAUAGCAGUAGCAGCAGUAGCAGGAGCAGCAGCAGUGAAAGCAUUGGUGCUUCCCAUCGUCGCAGCAAAUCUGACAAAUGGGCUGAGACAAAACACAUCAAGUCCCAAGCGAGCAGUGGCAGWAGUCACGACAUUUCUACAGAAUGGGAAUUUCGCCUUCCAAAACUGUACAAKCUCCGCUUCAGGUCUGCUCAUGUCCAUUGGCAUCCAGAUCACAAAGGAUCAAGCAGCUCAUCCUCCUCUUCCUCUGAGUCGGGAAGCAGCCACAGUAAUAGCAGCAGCAGCAGCAGCAGCAGCCACCAUCACCAUGGAGAAAAUUCUGCCCACCACUCGAGGAGGAGCAAAGGAGGCAGCGUCCACCACCACAGCCACGGCUCCAGCAUGACACGUGAGCGCAACUUCCUGGGAGACRUAAUUCCACCUGGCAUUACGAUUGUGGCUCAGGCAGUAAGGAGUGACAACAAAAAUCAAGGUUAUCAAGCUACAGCAUAUGUUCGUUCCGAUGCUGCCAAAGUUGAUGUGCAACUAGUUGUGGUUCAGCUGGCUGAAACCAAUUGGAAAGCGUGUGCUGAUGCUGUGAUACUGCCUCUGAAAGCACAGGCCAGACUGAGAUGGGGCAAGGAAUGCCAGGACUACAAGAUAGAAGCCGUGGCUAGCACAGGACAACUGGCAAAGAAGCCAGCUGCCCAGCUGAAGGUGCAGUGGGGAAAGAUUCCAUCCUGGAUGAAAAAGACAAGCACAGUAAUCAUGCAAUAUGUUCCUGGUGCAGCACUCAUGUUGGGCUUCUCAGAAGUGCAUCAGAAAAAUCCAUCUCACGAGYUUAUAGUAAGGGCAGCUGCCACAUCUCCACGGACAAUUGAUACAGUCAUUAAAGCUCCGGAGGUAACACUUUAUUGCCAGGCAUUGCGAUUGCCAUUCACUCUGCCCUUAGGCCCAUCUCCAGCUUACGAGACUCAAGAUAUCACUGCCUGGAAUUUACUCCCCAAAAUAGCUUCACAGAUAGCACAAGAAGAUCAAUCCACUUGUGAAAUCAGGGAGAGAGAUUUCAAAACAUUUGAUGGUGUGAGCCAUUCRUAUUCUUUCAAUAAAAGCUGCAACCUGGUAGUGGUUCAAGACUGUACCGAACACCCAAAAUUCAUCAUUUCUACAAGAAAGGUUGAUCCUCAGUCUUUCUCAAGAGAGGUUCACAUUAAUACAACAUUAGCGAACAUCACAAUCUGUCCUGCCUCAAAUUCKUCCCUCCUUGUGGCAUGCAAUGAAGAACAAGUUCUAUCACACAGUGGAGGUUCUGCGUAUGCAAAAGACAAUGUUAAAAUUUAUAAAAAUGGAGCAACYGUUACCGUGGAAGUUCCAGAACUCGGACUGAAGGAGGUGACUUUUGAUGGUGUGAAUCUUAAGGUCACUGUUGCUUCAUGGAUGAGAGGAAAGACCUGYGGGGUUUGUGGUAAUAAUGACAGAGAAAAGGACAACGAACUCCUCAUGCCAAACCAUAGGCUGGCACACAGCUGCUCUGCAUUUGUGCAUUCAUGGGUAUCGCUGGAAGAAACCUGCUCUGGUGGGUGCAAGCUGCAGCGCAGUUAUGUGAAGCUGAAUCGAAAUCCUACUAUUGAUGGCGAGGAAUCUACGUGCUACUCUGUUGACCCAGUACUGAAAUGCAUGAAAGACUGUACUCCAAUCGAAAAAGCUUCAGUAAAGGUUGGCUUCCACUGCUUCCCAAAAGAAACUGCUGUAAGCCUGGUGGAAUGGCAGAAAAGUAGYGAUAAGAAAUCUGCAUUGGAAGAUGUUGUGGAGUCUGUGGAUGCUGACAUUGAUUGUACCUGCACUGGCGGCUGUAGUUAAGCUAAAUGCUCUGGCGUUGUGCUAUAGGCAUCCUACACAAAUAAUUGAACAGCUGGACAGAUAAGAAGGGAACAUAAUAGCUGUAGUAAAAUAUUAAGAAAGGUGCUUGAAGAAAACAAGCCAACUGCAAAGUCAAAUGCCUUAUGUACAGUCUGCACUGCUUAA